CGAAUGGGCGCCUGCAGGCGGGAGGAGGAAGGCGCCCUGGGUUUGAAAUACGAAAGUUGGCGCGGCUGCGGGAGCUGGGUCUAGAGGCGAAUUGUUAACUCAGAUCUGUUCAGGUCUCGUGUGGGGAAGGCGGCGGGGCUCAGGCCUGCCGGAGAAGCAGUUUUACAAAAUGGUAGAGGACGAACUGGCACUAUUUGAUAAAAGCAUAAAUGAAUUUUGGAAUAAAUUCAAAAACACGGUCAGUGACACCUCCUGUCAGAUGGUGGGACUAAGAGAUGCCUACAAGGACUCCAUUAAAGCAUUUGCAGAAAAGCUGUCUGUGAAAUUAAAGGAAGAAGAACGAAUGGUUGAGUUGUUUCUGGAAUAUCAAAAUCAGAUCUGCAGGCAGAAUAAGCUCAUUCAAGAAAAAAAAGAUAACUUGUUAAAGUUGAUUGCUGAAGUAAAAAGCAAGAAGCAGGAAUUGGAAGUACUGACUACAAAUAUCCAGGAUCUUAAGGAAGAAUAUGCCAGGAAGAAGGAGACUAUUUCCACUGCUAACAAAGCUAAUGAAGAGAGGUUGAAAAGGCUACAGAAAUCUGCAGACUUGUAUAAAGAUCGACUUGGACUAGAAAUUCGGAAAAUUUAUGGUGAUAAAUUGCAGUUUAUAUUCACUAAUAUUGACCCUAAGCAUCCUGAGAGCCCAUUUAUGUUUUCCCUGCACCUAAAUGAAGCAAGGGACUAUGAAGCAUUUAUGAUAGCACUCAGGAGAACUGCUGUCACUCUCUAAGGUGCCCUCGUGACUCAAUUCAUAUUCUGAUGGAACUUAUAUUUUAGGAAUCUAAUUCAGGUACAAAUUUUUUUCUCUCUAGGUAAAUAUCUUCUAUCUAAUGAGUGCUAAAUUUUAAAAAGCAAACCCAAAAAACCUCUUACCUAGCAUUUCAAUUUUCUCCAAAUUGGAUCUCCUCUAUUGUUAGAUAGUCUCAUAAUAUUUGAUAGAAUCCACAGUAUAAAUUUUGAACCAGGUGCUCUUUGCCAUUCUUUCUCUGCUUUGGUCCUGGGCCUUGUAGUCUAAGCAAUCUCUACCAAAGAGCUGGAAAUCUGAUAGGGGCCAAUUUCUUCCCCUUGGACAAAGGACAAGACCGAUAGUAGGAAAGGCUGGAUCGUUCUUUUCCUUUGACCACCCUCACUGGAGACCUGCUCCCAGUAUGUACCAGCUGGUAUGACUACAUAUGAGGGCCAUACUGGUCUUUGUGACUUUGAGUCUCAUUUGCUUAGUAAGCCCUGUAAACACCACUUUUGGAAUAGCUAAUGACCUCCAUUUCACUUGUAAAACUUGAGAUAUUUCUCUCCAUAGUUGUACGUUAUUAAGAGUUGCUAUUGAAAGUUGUUCUUUUUUUGAUCCAAUGGUCAGAAACUAGAAGUCAGACUAAAGUUUUGCAAGGAAAACUGACUUAGUUAAAACAAACGAAAAAACCCCUGACUGUUAAACAGUUUAAGUGGUUAAAACAAAAUGUAUAGAAGAGGUGAUGGAAAAUGGCAUUCUGUUCUGUAUCACUAAGAUCUUCAGUCCCUUGACUACCAUCUGUUUAAAUUUUAAAGCAAGAUUAUAGUACUUAACAUUUGAAUAUUUAGAGAUUAAAGAAAGGAAAGGUCCAAAGAAAGUUAGGAUAUGAAAAUCAAGUGUCUAUAUCAUUCUAUGCUCAAAGCAGUUCGUUAAAAUGAAAUGAGUUGACUCAGAUGAGAGUAUUUAAAUUAGAAAUGCUUCUCUUCCAUAAAAAAUCUCAUUCUAAUUGUCUUCUGUUUCCCUCCC